CUUCAAUAAACCCAUGGCACGUCUGCCUUAUACCCAACUAUUUCUCUCGAGAUGUCUAGUUCUCCUCAUCACACUCCAGGUUGCUGUGAAUUCCCACUUGAUAGAUGUCAAUGCAGGACAAAAAGAAUGCUUUUUUGAGGACCUCAGUAAGAAUGACAAGAUGACUGUUACUUAUCAAGUUGGUGGCGGGGGACACUUAGAUAUUGAUUUCUGGUUGGCAGAUCCGGAUGAAAAGCUACUUGGAAAACAUGUGAAGCAGUCCACUGGGCAAAUUGACAUCACAGCAGAUAAGAACGGACGAUAUGAAUAUUGUUUCUCAAAUCAAAUGAGUGCAAUAGCGGACAAGAUCGUUAGUUUCAACGUUCACGGUGUCAUAUACGUUGACGACGAUGUCGUCGCCCCUAUUGAACGGGAGAUUCGGGCACUCGCACACGGACUGGCUGCCGUGAAGGACGAACAAGAGUAUAUCGUCGUGCGCGAAAAGACGCAUCGUAAUACUGCAGAAUCUACGAAUUCAAGGGUGAAAUGGUGGUCUAUUCUUCAGGCAGUGGUGUUAUUUUCGGUUGUGGCAUGGCAGGUUUAUUAUCUGAAAUCUUUCUUUGAGGUCAAGCGUAUAAUAUAGAGACUCCAAACGUUGAUCUCCCCCCAUCCGAACGCGACUUUGUAGCCCUGAGUUUAACGCACAGCGAUCCUUGCAUCGAUAUAUAUUAAUUUAACCAGCCUCUACCCUUCUUUGUCCAGGUUCGGACCUGUAAUGGUCGUGGUAAUGUUUGUAUAUAUAAGACGCUAUCAGCCCAUUAGCAGUCGAGGAAACUAAAAGUCAAAUCCUGGACAUGGUUACCAUACGGGACAGACUGUUAUCUUCCAUGGCAGUUACAGCACUAAUAAGCCA